AUGCCGUCAAAUGAUACUUUUUCUUUGGAAUCUAUGGAUAAAGUAUUUCCUAAUUUACCUAUCAAUUACUCUGAUGUAAACUGGCUGUGUGAAAGAGCUAUACUUGCUCCAGCUAAUGAAAUGGUUGAUAAACUCAAUCAUGAAUUUCUUCAAAAGUUAACAGGUACAUCAGAAAUGACUUUCGAUCAGUUGACAACAGUUGAUCAAGAUCAGGUUGUUCAAUACCAUGUAAUCAUGAAACCCACAGGGAUGCCACCGCAUAACUUGACACUAAAACUGGGUGCUCCCGUUAUGCUGCGUAGGAAUCUUGACCUAUCUCACCUGUGUAAUGGAACUCGCUUAAUUGUUACUGCCAUGACGCCAUAUGUGCUACAGGCAACAAUCAUAACAGGUGGUCACAAAGGAGAAAAUUCAUUAUUCCAAAAACACCUCUCAUACUUACAGAUGUCCCAUUUGAAUUUAAGAUGCUUCAGUUUCCAGUCAAACUAA